AAACCACAGUGGUCGCUAAAGCAAAGCGGGAAAAUACAGCGGGAAAAAUAUGGAUGGGCGUAGUGUAGCAUAAAACCCUAAACCGGAAGGUUUGUGAGGGUUUAGGGAAUUGCUCGCAAGGUCCGAAACUUGGGGCUCACAGAGAUGGGGAGCAGCGACGACUAUAAAUUCAUGGAGAUUAGAGAUGCUAUUGCCUCCAUAAACCAGAAGGUUAACCUUAUUGGCGUUAUCAUCGAGUUUGGUUUCCCCAGGCGAACUAAGGGCACUGAUUGCUUUUGCGCUGUAAAAAUUGUUGACCAAUCUCAUAAAAGACCUGGAAUUACUGCAAAUAUUUUUGCUGAAAGUUUGGAAAAGCUUCCCCAUGUUGCUUCAGCAGGAGAUAUCAUUGAACUUUCGCAUGUUACGAUGAAAACUCAUCAGGGGGAAAUAUAUGCUGUCUUCAAUAAGAAGUUUUCUUCAUUUGCUUUGUAUGAAGGAAAAGAUGGAUUGGACUUUCUACCAUAUGAUGUAUCGCCAAAAUUUCGAUGCAGAGAUCUCGAUAAAAAGUUCAUUUCGAGUCUGAGGGAUUGGCUGGUUGGUUUUGAACUUGAUGAAGGAUCAACCAACUUUUCAUUUCUGAGAGAUUUAAAGGAAAGCGAACAUGUAAAUUUGAUCUGCAAGAUUGUCUACAUGUGUGAGGAUGCUAAUAAUGGGACUCUGGCUUUUGUUUGGGAUGGAACUGAUGCUCCACCGAUUAGCAUUGACACAAAGUUGGCAAUUGAAAUUGAUUAUGUACAUCACUCGGGACCAUUGGUUUUGCCAAGAGAUAUAUUAUGUACAUUACCUCCUGUUGGCUCUAUCUUGAGGUUGAUCUUUGACAAAGGAAUUGAGAAGCAGAGUUUAUCCAUUCUCAAUAAUGGUAAAUGGAUGAAAUUUACGAAUGUCUUCUGUGAAAUGCAAGUUGGAUCUUUCCAAAUUGUGGUGACAACAUUUUCAAAGCUUCGUUAUACAUCGAAUGAAGAUAAUGCCAUACAGUUGCGCCAAAGAUCAUACGAAGAGCGUUUAGCAUCAAUUUUGGGGAGAAUUCCUUUUUGGAGCUUUCCUUCGCCUUCACCCAUUACAGAGGUUGAUUACAAUAAUGAACCGUUUGCCACAUUGAUGGAUGUUUUGACAUAUUCAAAGGUGACUGCAAAAUUCAAAUGUAUAGUUCGAGUGAUAGCAAUAUAUCCAUUACAGGCCAAGGACUUCCGCUCUCCUGAAGGGAUUUACCGGGUUAGGCUGUGCCUAGAAGAUCCAACUGCAAGAAUUCAUGCCCUAUUAUAUGCUGAAGAUGGAUACAAAUUCUUUGGCGGCCAUCCAUCGAUCGAUGCUUUAACGAGGAAACGAAACAAGUUACUUGGGGUUUCAGCAAGUGAGAAAAAUGAGGCCAGUACAAGAAAUCCUCCAUGGGUGCAGUGCUGCUUAAAAUCUUAUUACCUUAAUAAACAAGAUGCAUGGGGAAGUAGACAGUACAGAAUAUUUGGCACUCGGCUGGUAGCAGAAGAUUAAUAGAUGAAAAGUAGCUUGAGUUUGUGCAUUUCAGAUAUCUAUUGAUAGCAAACAAGUGGAAGAUAAUGGUUCUAUUUUGUUGAAAAUGAUGACAAGUGGCCGUACUGGGAUAAUUAACUUGCUUUUGGGACUUUUAGUUGUAAUUAUAUGUUUACCAUCAGAAAAUGUAUACAUAUUAGUUGUCACUACUUCAGCGACUAUCUUUUUGCUUCUUUUAUGGCCAAGGCAGUUACACAAGUUGACCAUGUAAUGUAAUAUUAAGAUUCCUCAUGAUCCAGUUGAAAUUAUAUUAUAUAUACUGUAUACAUAAUGGACA